AUGAAAGAUCUGGGUGAGAUAAAGCAGUGUGUUGGCAUAAAUAUAAAUAGAGAUCGUAAGGCAAGUGGAAUCAUGUUGGACCAAGAGCAGUACAUAAACCAAGUGUUAGAACGCUUUGGUAUGUCUGCAUGCAAACCAGUUCACACUCCGAUAGAAGUAAUUAUGAAAUUUCAUAAAAAACCUGAGAAUAAAUAUAGUAAUUUCCCAUACAGGGAAGCGGUAGGCUGUCUAAUAUAUUUGGCACAAGUGGCGCGACCUGACAUCACAUAUGCUGUGAACAAGUUGAGUCAGUGCUGUAAUGACCCGGGGAUUCAACACUGGCUUGGAGUGAAAAUGGUCAUGAGAUACCUUCAAGGAACCCAGAAACUAAAGUUAUGUUAUGUCAAACAUGAAUACAAAGAAAUAACUGGGUAUUGUGAUGCAGCUAGGCUAGAGACCCACAGGAUAGAAGAUCAUGCACUGGUUACUUUUUUAUUUUUAAAAAUGCUUCCAUAUUUUGGAAUUCCUGUAAAUGACAGACUGUGGCGCUCUCGACAGCAGAGGCUGAAUAUAUGUCGAUUGCUUCGGCUACUCAGGAAGCGUAGUGGCUUUGGCAACCACAUGCUGAGCUCGGGCAAGGCCUGGACCGUGCAUUGCUUAUCUAUAGUGAUAUUCAAAGUGUGA